AUGUCCUCCAACCAACAGAACCAAGAUCAAGAACAACAACGUGCCCCGAGCCCAACUAACCAAUCAACCAACACCCAUGAAAACGGCGACACAUCCACCUCGCGAUCCGACCAAGACGAAUGGAAGCAGAGACCCCCCUACCAAAUCCACCGCUCCUCGGACUCCUUCCACGCCGUGUGGAACGGCAAAUGCCACUGUGGUAAAACGCGGUACCAACUCUCGCGCGACAAACCGCUCGCCGCCAAAUACUGCCACUGCACGACGUGCCAACGGCUGCACGGGUCGCCCUUCCAAUGGGCCGCCAUCUUCCACAAGACCGACAUCAACUUCACGCACGGCCACCACGAUCUCGCCUGGUACGACCCGUCGGAAUGCACGACGCGCCACAAGCUGCCCUGCAAGGUCAGCUGUGCCUACUGUCGCACGCCCAUCAUGGAUGAAGGACGCAACAUGAUCCUGCUGUUUCCGACGCUGAUCGAGGGCAUCAACUCCAAGGAAGGCCGCGAGGCGUUCAAGCCCGAGUGUCACAUGUUUUAUUCGAGGCGCGUGGUGGAUAUCAAGGAUGGGGUGCCCAAGUGGGAUGGGAUCAAUGAGGAGAGUAAGCGCAUGGAUGAGGAUGGGAAUAUCAUUGAGGAUGAGCAUAAGAAGGAGGGUGGGGAACAUGAGCAGAAGAGACAGAAGACGUAG